AAAAUUCAUUGGUGUGUGCAGGUGUGUGUAUUUAUUCUAAUGAAAUUAUGAAAAACAUUUAAACAUAAAAACAAUAUAAAUACAAUAAUACAACAUUUAACAACAUAAAAAAAAUAAUGGAAAUUUCAGAAUACGAUGAUGAUCCAGUUGUACAAGAGAUACCAGUGUAUUUAUCAAAAAUACUCGAUGAAAAUUUAUUCAUAUUUCAAUAUCCAAUUAAAACAGAUGCUAAUUGUUAUGAUGAUGCAACUAUUAGAAAAACAGAAAUUAGACCAAUAAAUGGUGACAUACGUCUUGAAGUUGAUGUUGAUAUUAAUAGUGCUAAUUAUGAUCAUAGAAAAGGUGAACGUAUUGCAACUGCUAUUGAUGGAUCACAUGGCCCAUAUGAUGAAAAAGAUGAAAAAAGUUAUUUUCAAAGCAAUAUGAUGGAUAAAAUUGUAUUACAAUCAUUAAAAGUUCUAACAGAUUCAUCAAAUUAUGCAGCUGGAAUUUUUAAAAAUAAUGAACUUCAUUUAACACCAAUAAAAAGUAUCAUGGAAAUGCGACCACAGUUUGAUUAUCUUGAAACAGCUGAUAAACAAUCAAAAGAAGAUGCUAAUAAAUUAGUUGAAGAACAAGAAGAAGAAUUGCAACAAAUUAAUGUUCAAUUUAAACGACAAACAACUGAUUCUGUUAAAAAAAGAGAGGAAAAAUCAUUUAGAUUAUUAUCUAAAAAAAUUGCUGAUGAAAGAUGGCUUGAAACUGGAUUUAAACAAUCAAAUAGCCAUGAAGCUGAGCUUGCACGAUUAGAUAUGCUUUGUCAAUUAACAGAAUCACUUGAAAAUAAUUUAACACUAUCACGAGAUGAAUAUUUAUUAAACUUGGUACAACGAGUUAAAAAUGAUGAACAUUCCAAAACAAUAACUUCAAGUGAAAAAAAUCCACUUGGUACACUGUCUCUUCUAAAUCAAAUUAGACUUCUCAUGAAAGAUGCCAAAGUAAUGUCAUUUACACAAUUGAGAAAUAUAAUAUUACCUGAGCAUGAUACAACUUCAGUAUUAAAAUAUUUACAACAAGUUGCUGUUCUUGUUCAGGGUAAUUGGAUUGUUAAUAGUGAAUUAUUAUUUCCAAAAGAAUAUGAGUCAAAUCACAAUGCUGUACCGGCUGAACUCAUGUGUAAUGCACGUGAUUAUAUUUUAUCAAAAUUUGCUGAUUAUGAAUAUAUUGAUAGAAGAUCAAUAUCAUCUGUUGUUCGUUUACGUCCUGAGGAAAUAACUGAAAUAAUAACAAAUUUAGCAAAAUCACAACCAAAAAAAGGACUACAAUUAAUAUUAAAACCUGAUACAGAAUUUGAAAAAAAAUAUCCAGAUAUUGCACAACGUCAAGAAUUAUUUUGGGAAGCUAAACGUCAAUAUUUAAGAGGUAAAUAUGGAGCACAAAAUUUACCACCAAAAAGAUCACGUAGAAGAUCAAAUCGUGAAUCAAUUGGAUCAGAAAAUGAAGAAAAAAAUAUUGCAAAAAGUAAAAAAUUAAUACGUGAUUCAUCAGCUUCUGAUGAUGGUGUUGAUUUAGCUAAAAAUAAAUCUAAAAAAAGUAAAUCUAAAAAAAAAGGUGAACCAUCAUCAUGACAAUUGUAAAGUAAUUUUUUUUUUAUUAUUUAUAAUAAAUAAUUCACAUAAUAAAUACAUUAAUUUAAAUUAUUGUUUUUUUUAAUAAUAAUAAAAAUAUUUAAUUAUAAAAAUAAUAGUUGCCAAAAGAAAAAAAAAACAAAAAAUUAUUCAAUGAAUAGUUGAAAAAUACUUUGUGUAUUUUUAAUUAUUUAUUGUUGUUAAUUUAUUUCCUCAGUUAAUAAUAGUGUAAAUAAAAAUAAUAAAUUAUCAAAUCAAAAUAAAAUUUUAUUUUCAAUAUUUUAAUUUGAAAACAAACAUGAUUAAAUUUAAAAUUAAAGUGCAAUUAUAAUUAUAAUUUUAUUGACAAAAUAAAAACACACAAUUAUUUAUUUAAUAUACUCUAACAAUAGCAACACAGAUAUUUAAUUAAAUUACAUAAAAAUU